AUGGGGUUUCUGAGGAGGAUGGCUGGCAUGCUGGGGCUCGUGCACGGCGAGGAUGGCGGCGACGUGGCGGAGGAGGAGGAUCGGGAGGGUGUCGGGGAGGACAAGCGCCGCGCCGACUCCUCCGCCGCGGCCUCUGCCAAUCGGAGGGGCUUCAGCGUGCAGGUGCCGGUGCCAGUGGAGAGGCCCCAGGUUGGCCCCGUCUUUGUGCCCUGCGACGUAGGGGAAGGAGGCGUACAGGUGCGUCUAGUUUCUUUCUCUUCUUCUACUUCCUUGAUCCUCGCUGCUCUGUUUAUUCUAUGAGAACGGUGUAUUGUGUUUGAUCGGCUCUGAAGCAAACCAUGAAAUGCCACCUUUCGAUCGGAUAUGCUUUCGCGAACAUCAGGAAUAUUAUUUUGUAUUGAACUCUAACUAUAAAAUAUUGAACCUAUAGAUCUGUUUUGGUUUCUGUAUAAUGUGAAUCUGUAUGUUUGGAGCGGAUGUACUACGGGAUUGGCUUUAGAGUUAUAAAUUCGUCAUGGAGAAAGGGGAUGCUGAGACAGCAGAAGCCGCAAGUUAAUAGACGUCGUAAGUGCAGAUUGAUGAAAUGACGAUGAAACGAGAUGGUGAGAUGAAUUGCUUGAGAGCAUUUGAGACUAUUUUCUCACGGUUGUCGUCUAUUUUGAUCUCAACUGCUAUCACUCAUUGACGAUCAUAGAUUAUAUAAUAGAGAAUUAUUUCCCCCCUUCUCUUUUCCCAUCGGAGCAGGCAUAGAAACUGAUAGUUUAUGCCAAUAAAAUGUUUAGAUGUAGUUUUUGUCGGCCAUAUCUCAGGACUGUGCAACCAACGGAAGCUGGACUUUUAAGGAAACCAAUGAUUCUAUCCUGCUACCAAUAUCAGUACAUUACCUUGUCAAGAGGGUAGAUGAAAGAAAGACAUGCCUCAUCAACGCAUUGAAUCUUAGUUCUAGACGGGGGAAGUUUAUAUGAAAUUUAAGCUGUUUAAGGGAAUCAUUUUACCUGAAAAUUUAAGCGUGCUGAAUGCAUCUUCAAGAAAGAGAUCAAUAGCUGAUCCUCCAAAGGAAUCAGCAAUGACAUUGUCAUCUGGAACUUUUGGGAAGAACGCUACAUUGAUGAUUUGCAUAGCGUCCUAAAUUGUGCAAUCUAGCAGUGAGCACAUUUUUUCUUCUGUUUCCUAGGAAAUUGCAAGCAUCUCAUAUGGGAAGUGCAAGAGAAGGUUUUUUAAUGGACUCCAGCCGUUCUGGUAUAUGUGUCCACAAAGUACUAAAAUUCUCUCAAAUAUGAGCAAUGUACUUACUGUCUGAUGCUGCGUGAUGGAGUGAAAAUCUCUAUAAAAAUGAGGGACCACACCAUUUCAUAGGAGUCCAUCUUGCCCCCCAAUAAUUUUUUUGGGAACUGGUAUGCCUCUCAUGGCUUUUAUUUCAUCAUAGCUUUCACUGCUUGAAUAAAACAAGAAGUUCGCCAUUGUGCUUUAUCACAUCACAUAAUACUAGUUCAAUGGCUUUAGGCCGAGUAUCAAGCUCAUGCCUUUAUUUAGAAAGAUGGUGAUAGGUUCAGACCCAGUUGCACAGAAGCAGUGACAACAGAGGAACACAACUGUAGCGGUGAAAGUUGGCAAUGGUGUGAGAUAAUGACGAUGUGGGGGGAUCGAUGGGAUUUUGUAUAUGAAGAGGAAUGGUGCAGGUGGGUGGUGUAGGGAUGAUGCAAAUACUUAACGGAAUUUCUGAUAGAAAUGGAGUCACAACGAGUAGAGGAUGAAGAAUCAAUUGGAGGCAUCAUUGACACACUAGUGAGAAAGUGACAGAGUGGGGGUGGUGGCAAUUGGGAAGUUUUUUCCCUCUUUCUUCCUCCUUAGCCCUUCUGCAUUUCCCAAAUCCAUAUGCAUAUCCAUUUAAACUACAGAGUCUACUGAAAACACUGUAUGCUAUCAGCAAAGGUCUUCGAUACAAUGGAUUUCGAUUCCAUAAGGGAUGAUGACUAGACAUUUUUUUUCUCAAUGAUAAUCUCUCUGUUCUAGUGUAUCGCCUUUUGGUGUGCUAAAUGUAGAGAAAGGAUAUUCUAAUCAAAGGAGAAAUACUUCCUGUUCUGAAUAUGCUUCACGGGUGAUCUUGGGUGGUCACUUGGGAUUGCAAUAGCUUAAACCAUGAACCAUUGAAGGCUUUUUCAAUGGUUUUAUUCCUGACCAAAGACCGUGUGACUAGUAUGUCACGUCGAUUUUAGAUUUCUUAGUUUCCUUAAAUAAAUAAAUUUCGUGCCUUGGGUGGACGAUAGUUGUUUGUUCCAACAUGAUCAAAUGAAGAGUGAUCAUUAUCUUUAUAUACUGCCAUUUCGAAUCAAAUAACGGUGAAAAAAGUAAGAAAUUGAAAGAAAUAGCCGGUCUAACAAUUGUCCUGCAUUGCAUAUUAUAGAAACAAACCUGUAAUUUUUAUGUAUUUACUCAUCUGAUCGUUUAUCUAGAAUGGGCACUUAAAGUUUCUGUGGAUGGAAUCAUCGGACUCUGAUGCAAAUUAUAUUGAUGCUAGCAUUAUGAAAUGAUAAGUAGAGACACUGCAGCCAAUCCCUAGCUGUCUUCUAUGGCAGGCUGAUAAAGUGCAAAUCAUAGUGCAGCAAACUAGGUAUUAAAUCCUUUCAGCCAUUCUGAUUAUUAGUUGAAACUGACUCGUCACUCUGAUUAGGCCACUAUAUUCAUAGCCAGAAUGGCUUUCAGUUUGACUACCAAAUGGUCUAACUUUUCAUCGGACUCAAGUGGGCCCUCUUUUUUUUGUCCACUUUCAAAGCAGGAACUCAGCCAUCUGGGUCUACUCCCCUCAAUAGUCAAGUAGUUUUGACUUUGGCCGACCCAAGUGGGGGUUGACCCAUCUGGAUCAGACGACUGGAAUCAUUACGCUUGAAACUUCUCUCAUCUUAGAAAGUUUUCAAUGCUCCAUGAUAUGGAUAUGUGAACGAAUGCCCUCUUUCUUUUGUCCACGUGGCAGAGCCGUGGAAAAAUAAUAUUCCCACUUUAGUCAGGAGAAGAACUGAACCCACCCAUCUGGGUCUACUCCCCUCAAUAGUCACGUAGUGUUGACUUGUUCGACCCAGGUGGGGAUUGACCCAUCUGGAUCAGACAGCUGGAAUCACUACAGAUGCAUCCAUCCAGAAAAGAUAGUCACUCUUGAAACUUUUCUGAUUUUAAAAACUUUUUCAUUGCUCCAUCAUGUGGAAAUGUGAACGAAAGUCAACCCCCCUGUUCCACGUCUGUCUCUCUCCAGGGAUUCAAGUGGCAUGGGAGGCGGCUGAGGAUCGAUGAGGAUGGUGAUGUGGCAGACGAGUUCUUUGAUGAGGUACUGCCAGUGGGCCCCUCCGCUGCCACAGAGAACCCCAGGCCGCCGCCCACAUUCAGAGUCAAACAUGCAACCCGGCGGGCGGUGGUCAGGAGCCAGAUGGUCUCCGCCGAUGGCACUGUCCGGCACGGCGUCGAGCUCAGAGGGCAGCUGCUGUGGGUGUGA